CAAAUAGAGAGACAGUGAGAUCCCAAUAAACUCAUGAUUGGUGAUGUUGUAUAGAAACCGACGAAAUAGAAGAACAGAGAGAUCCAAUAAUCACAUGCCUUCGUGAGACCCACUUUCACCACUAGAGAGUCUAGAGAAACGAAAAAAAAAAUAUACUUAACACAUAUCCUACCGUGGAAAAGAAGGAACCUAGGCAUGGCGGAUUGGUCCAUUAAUAUGUUUUAACUACUUGUAGGAGUAGUUAACCUAGUAGGAGUCAUGGCGACGAAUGAACCACCUCCACAGCCGAGGCGAAAGGUCGAAAAAAUCACCCCGACGGACCAAGGUAAAUCGGUCGAGGAAGCCAACCGGACCUUGUAUAUAUUGGAAGAAGGAAGGUAUGUUCCUGUAAAAAAAGGAUCCGAAGGAGGUUACGUCUCACCAUCAGCAUGUGAUUCAGAUGAGGAUGUUGAUCAGGUUCUCGAAGAAGAGUAUCAUCGCCAACUUCGCGAAUCCGAUGGAUUUGACUGUGACUUAUAUAUACCAAAUGGUUCAGUGUUGCCGUAUAAAUGUGCUGAUCAUCAUCAGGAUGUGAUUGGCAUAUGUGCUAAGGUGGGACUUCAUUGCUACAAUUUUCAAAAGGGCUCAAACUUUCAGUUGUUGCGGCUAGAGAAAUAUAAUUCUAUGCUCACCGGAUUAGUGACUUACUUUAUAACUGCCCACGUUACAGAUCCAGCCACCAAUUCACCCUUUGUUUUCCAAACGUGUGUUACGCAAGCUUCGUGUUACUACAACGAAGAUUUUAGAAUAGAGACUCAAACUUGUAGGAUAAAACCCGAAACUACUCAAGGUUCUGAAGUCAAGGACGAGAAUUGUCAUGGUGAUUAUGAAGCAAUUGAUGAUUUCUACCAAGCUGAUCUACCUGAGUGGAUUCCGGAUGAUGCUUUAGCGCAAUCUAGCUAUAAGCAACCGGAGUUUUACGAGGUUCAAGACUCAGACAUUCGAGAAAAUGAUUGGCUUAAUUUGUAUGCUGACUAUGCGUUUUUUACGCUGUGGGAAAACGGCUUGACAAAGCUCAAGUUUGCUACGCCUCUGGAGAUCAAGAAGGCCGUUGUACAAACUCGUGAAACCAUGAAGCCAAAGGAAAAGCUCAAGGCCGGGAAUGCAAUCUUCUACAUCAGUUUCAGGGACUGUGGUCUGACCGAAGAGCACCGAGCCGUGGUAAGAAGAACCACAGAUGGGCAUCCGGAACACCUUUUUCUUGAAGUUAAGUGUCCGGUUGCGGACUUGUCGAGCUGCUCUAUUAACUAAAUUCUUCUGCUCUAUAUACCUUACUAUUGUUCCACACAAUUUCUAUCACUGGAUUUGUAAUACAGUU